AUGACCAUUCCCGAUCUUCUAAAAGAAAGCUAUAAUAGUACUAAAGAAGAAGCCGCAUCGCCCGUCGUAAAGUCGAUUGUUGUUAACCCGCCUGUUGUUGAACCGCCUGUUGCUGAACCGUCUGUCGUUGAACCGUCUGUCGUUGAAUCGCCUGUCGUCAAGAAAAAGCGAGGACGACCGCCGAGAAUCGCGUCAGCUUCUGUUUCGCAAGAGCCUCUUAAGACCACUGUCAAAGGACGAUCACGAAAAAACGCGCCAGCUCCUGUUCCGCAAGAGCCACCGCAGACGACUGUCCAAGGCAAGAAGCGCGGACGAACACGAAAAAACGCGCCAGCUCCUGUUCCGCAAGAGCCACUCCAGACGGCUGUCGAAGAAAAGAAUCUACCCAAAGCAGAAGCGCGAAGAAUUUACGCGAAAGAUUUAACUUGUCCACCUGAAUUCGAGACAUAUUUGAAGAAGAUUGUGCCGGACUAUCUGUUACCGCUGGGGACCCAUGAUCUUUUUGGAUGUAUGCCUCCAAAUCUGAGAGCCGAAAAUCUGAUGUGUUAUUUGGGAGGCAGCUAUACCGGCACGGCAUUACAUCGUGAUAUUUGCGGUACCUUUGGUCACAACAUCAUGCUACACACCGCUCCUGAUGCAUACUCUGAAUGGCUCCUUAUUGAACACCGUUACCGCGACGCGUUAGCCAAUGUAACACAUCCUCCGCGAUCGCGAGUUUCCGGCCAAAAGAGUUUCUUCCUUGACAGUGACAGAGCCUGGUGUUCUCGACAUAUGUUGAAGAAAGCUGGCAUCAAAACACACGUCAUCAUCCAAAAGCUUGGUGACAUGGUGCUCAUUCCCAGUUUAUGCUACCAUCAAGUACGCAAUGUCGGUUUCUCGGCAAAAAUCGCAUGGAAUAGGGCAACACCCCAUACCUUAAUGGCAGCACUUGAUGAACAUUUACCCAUUUAUCGCAGCAUUGUCCGCCCUGAAGUUUAUCGUUGCAAAGCCAUGGUGUGUUAUGCUCUUCGGAAAUGGCUGGCGCUUUUGAAAAAGUAUGAGAAGGAUACAGAUGCACCUCCUACAGAUACUGCUGUGCUUGCUAUCAUGCCAUCCAACGAUCCUGAAGAGACGAGUCCGAGUCUGAUGGAUUUACCAAUGCUUCAAGGGGGCAAAGCACUGUUUCUGGAAGAAUGUCGGAUUUUGUUGCAUUUGCUGGCCAAAAAUCUUAUCCAACCAGAGACGAUAGAAACUAUCGAAUUUGAAGAAGUCAGCAACGAUAUCCGAAACGAAGCAUGCAACGCUGGCCUUUAUACGAGGACGUGUGAUUUUUGCCGAAGCGAUAUCUUUUUCCGCUAUUACCACUGCUCUGACUGCUCUGACUAUGAUCUCUGUAUGAAUUGUUAUAUUCGCGGACGCAGUUGCAAACACGUGGACAAAAUGACCAUGCAGCAAAGUCGUACGAACUUGAACGAGUAUAUUCAGCUUUAUCGUAAAUUCAUUGAAUGCGUCAACAAUAUAUUUGAAAAGAAAUGUCUCUUUAAAGAGAACCUGUCCGUGGUGUAA